UUGUUUCCCAUUGUUUGUGUUUUUAGUUUUGUGCUGAACGAAAAUUUAUUUUGUAUUUAAAUCCUAUGAUGGCCUAAAGAGCUUGUGAAGUUCUUAACAAUUUUAGUACAAACACAGUAAUGUGUCAGAAUGGCUUCCGUAAAGGUUGCUGUAAGGGUUCGCCCAUUCAAUCAAAGGGAGAAAGAUAUGAAUGCAAAGUUAAUAGUACAAAUGGAUGGCAAGAAGACUCGACUUCAUACUGUAAAAAGUAGUAAAGAACAGAAUGAAGGAAGCAGAGAAAAGUACAAAGACUUCACAUUCGACCACUCCUACUGGUCCUACGACUCUGAAGAUAAUCACUAUGCAUCACAAGAACAGGUAUUCUCGGAUCUGGGCUUGGAGGUGCUGGACAGCGCGUUCGAGGGUUACAAUGCGUGCGUGUUCGCAUACGGGCAGACUGGUAGCGGGAAGACAUUCACCAUGAUGGGCUCCCCGGAAUCUCAGGGUCUCAUACCACGGAUCUGCAGGCAGCUUUUCUCCCGGGUGAUGGCCGGCAAGGAGUCGGGUGCCUCGUACCGCACUGAGGUCAGCUACCUGGAGAUCUACAACGAGAGGGUCAAGGACCUGCUGUCCACCGAUGCGGGCCACUCUCUGAGGGUCAGAGAACAUCCCAAGCUGGGACCCUAUGUCCAAGAUUUAUCCAAACAUUUGGUCUCUGAUUAUGAUGAUAUACAGGAGUGCAUGCACCGCGGGAACCUGCAGCGCACGACGGCCUCGACGCAGAUGAACGACGUGUCGUCUCGCUCGCACGCCAUCUUCACGAUCACCUUCGUGCAGGCCAGCUAUCUGCGCCACAACAACAUGCCGAGCGAGACAGUCUCCAAGGUGCAUCUCGUGGAUCUCGCUGGAAGUGAACGUGCAGAUGCAACAGGAGCUACGGGACAGAGGCUGGUGGAAGGAGCUCACAUUAACAAGUCACUGGUUACUCUUGGCUCAGUUAUAUCAGCCUUGGCAGAAUCCAGUCAGCCUGUGGAAGUUCGAUCGCCAAAGACUAAAAAGAAUGUUUUCAUACCGUACCGAGACUCCGUCCUGACUUGGUUGUUGAAAGACUCGUUGGGUGGAAACUCUAAAACUAUAAUGAUUGCUGCGAUAUCGCCAGCGGAUUGUAAUUACGGCGAGACACUGUCGACGCUGCGGUACGCGAACCGCGCUAAGAACAUCAUCAACAAGCCCACAAUCAACGAGGACCCCAACGUCAAGCUCAUCAGAGAGCUGCGCGAGGAGAUCGAGAAACUUCGUGGGCAAAUCACACAGAAUAUUGUUCCUGUUGAGACAGAGGCUGGAGUGCUUGCUACCCUCCAGCGCAAGGAGGCGCAAGAGAAAGUUUUAACAGAAAAAUGGACAGAAAAGUGGCGGGAAACCCAGCAAAUACUACAAGAGCAGAAAGCGCUCGGUCUUCGGAAGAGCGGUCUCGGUGUCGUGCUGGACUCAGACAUGCCGCAUCUAGUCGGCAUUGAUGACAAUCUUCUGUCCACUGGGGUCACCCUGUAUCAUUUGAAGGCAAGAGAGACGGUGAUAGGCAGCGAGGAGUACUCCCCGACGCCGGACAUAGUACUGAGCGGCGCUGGUGUACUCCCUCUGCACUGCACCGUGUCACUGCACGAGGGCGUGGCCACCAUACGGCCGGCGUCUGGUGCACAGUGCUGGCUCAAUACAGUUCUUCUGGACAAGCCCGCUAAGCUUAGCCAGGGUUGUAUACUUCUGCUGGGCCGCACGAACAUGUUCCGCUACAACGACCCGGCGGAGGCGGCCAAGCUUCGUGCAGAGGGCAGCACCUCCAACAUCAACCUGUCGCGUCUCUCGCUGCUGUCGUGGUCCACCACAGACCUCGCGGCCAGCACGGAAAACCUCAACAACACUAUAUCUGAUCUGGACAGCGAGAUCCGCUGCGAACGGAUAUCGGCACAGCGGGCUGAACUGGAGCGGGAGAGGCAGGAGUUCCUGCUGCAGCAGCAAGAGAAGCAGCGCCGGUGGCACGCCGAACGUGAGGAGCUGCUCAAGGCUCAGAAGCAGCUGGAUGAGGAGCGGUCGGCGAUGGAGCGCGAGUACGCCGCGGCGUGCCGCCGGCUGUCGGGCGACUGGCGCUCGCUGGAGCGGGGCUGGACCUUGUGCACGCGUGUCUCGACGGUGGCGGCGCAGCGGGAGAAGGUGGAGCGGCUGCAGGGGGAGCUGGCGGCGCUGGCGGCCUCCGAGCGAGGACUGUCGGGCGCGCUCGCGCGGGAUGGAGACAACGAAUUGUCUCCGAUAUCAGGCAUAAAGCGCUGCAAGUCUGAACUGGUGCUGCGAAAUGUCGAAGAGGAGCAGCUGGCACCUCUCUCCGCCGACGAGAGAGAACACUUCCGUGCUAAGAGGCUCAGUCUCAGCUUAAGCCUAGAUCCUCUACCGUCACCGUCGCUGACCUCCCCUGACACGUUCCACACGGCCUCUUCCUCCCCCAAGGCAGCCUCGGAGUCCACCCUGCCCACGCCCUCCACCACCGAGGCCUCCGCGCUGCCCAGCGAGGACUCGGAGUUACCCGUGCCACAGUUCAAACUGGGACCUACCGCGGAUGACAGCGACGAUAUGUCGAGCACCGAAGAUUAUCACAAGCCCAACAGAGUGAUAGAGGGGCAGUCUUCAAGUUCCAUCGAGCGUUCACCUGACGAGAGACAUCAGCGGUCUAGACACAGGAGGAAAAUUGGUGAGGGGAGGCGGGGCCGAGCCGUGACCGAGGCGGAGGCACUGCGGGCGAUGCAGCGACUGUGCUCGCGGAUCGCGACGCAGAAGAUGUUGGUCAUGUCCUCGCUGGAGAAUGACUGCUCCAAGGAGGAUCUCAACGCGCAGAUCCAGGUCCUCCAAGAGCUCCAGAAAAAGUAUGUGCGGCUGGAGAUGGCGCUGCAGUACUCGUUCUUCGACAAGCAGGAUCGCCGCCGCGGGUCCGCGGUCACGCCCAUCCAGGAGACUCCGUCGCUGACGCUGAGCGAGAGUGAGUUGCCGCUGAGUGGGGAUGUGGACACGGAGCUCACCGAUAACGGACACUACAUACAUGAUCCGCUGCUGCACAGGUUUAAGGAUUCGGAAGCGACGGAGGCGUCGGACAACGUAUCGACGUCCAAUGACGAGCUCAGUUCGGAAGCGCCGUGGCCGGACCCGCUACGGGCCAUCACCGGCACGCACCGGGAGCGGGGCCGCCACCGGGACGAAGAGCACGACUGUCAGCUGCACCGGAUACGAGACGCGCCCGUCACUAUACCGGAUUACAAUUUGGAAGGGUUACAUCAUCCUAUAGAUUUUGCGGAGGUAAUCAGCAUCCCGGGAUGGGUGACGCGAGGAGCGGGCGCGGGCACGCAUCACGAGUACGAGGUGCGUGUCCGGCUGGGAGCGUGCGCCUGGCAGCUGCUGCGGCGCUAUCGGCGCUUCCGGGACCUGUACCUCACCUGCCGGAAGCUGUACGGAGACAAGGUGGCGUCGAUCCCGUUCCCGGCGCGCGCGCUGUGGUCGUCCGAGUCGCUGGCGCGGUCGCGGCGGCCGCAGCUGGAGUCGUUCUUGCGGCGACUGUUGUCGGUGUGCUCCAGCGACCGUCGCUGCGUGCUGCACGCCUCGCCUCUCACCAGGGACUCCCUGAGAGCUUUCUCGCCCUUCUUCAGAAAGGUGCGUUUUGGUAGGCCUGUCUCACUCCCCGUGCAGGUAUUGAAAUUGUAAGUACGUGCGGCGGCCAGUCAGUAGGGAAUCACGCCCGAGCUUUAUUGUCACCUAUUUAAAAUCGAAAUUAAAAAAUGGAGAAACAUAAAUAAAGCAAAGCAUAUUACGAC